AUGUCUGGCAACCUUUACUACGACAUGACCAACACAUCAAGCGACAACUGCACCGAUGUGGACAGCAAAAUGAAGCGCUACUAUCUGCCAGCCAUGUACGGUGCCAUCUUCAUCGUGGGCGUGAUUGGAAACAUCACAGCUCUUCUGGUGUAUCUGCUCAAGGUUCGACCCUGGAAGAGCAGCACCAUCAUCAUGGUGAACCUGGUCCUCACAGAUCUCCUCUUCAUGAUCUCGCUGCCAUUUUUAGUGUAUUACUAUGUGCUGAAUGACUCGUGGACUCUGGGAAUCACCGUGUGUCGCUUCGCCCGCUUCAUCUUCCACUUCAACCUGUACGGCAGCAUCCUCUUCCUAUCAUGCGUGUCCAUUUUUCGCUAUGUAGCAAUCGUGCAUCCGCAGCACUCACACAAGAUUCGGCGCAAACGCUGGGGCGUUGUAUCUUGUGUGCUGGUUUGGGUUAUUACAUUGGCUGAACUGAGUCCUAUUUUAUAUGUUUUGGAUACGGUUGACCUCAAUAACGAAACACACUGUUCGGAUUUUGCGAGCAACAAUCCUCAAAGAGUUUGGCCAUAUAGUUGGGUGUUGACUGUACUUGGCUAUUUAGUUCCUUUAAUGGUGGUUUGUGCUUGCUAUUGGCGCAUCAUUGUAGAGCUAAAGAAGGGUCCUCAUAUGGGGAGCACCAAACGGGUGCGAGCAAGAAGACUCAUUGUAUUGAUUUUGACAUGUUUUACCAUUUGUUUUCUUCCGUAUCAUGUGCUGCGAGCAUUCAGAGUCUACACGAGGCUCACACCUGGGAUGAACUGUAUGUUAGAUCAGGGCAUACAUGUGGCCUACAUCAUCUCCAGACCCAUCGCAGUGCUUAACAUCAUCUUCAACCUGCCGCUCUACACACUGUCGGAUGAUAGCUUUAAACAAGCCUUUGUGGAGCUCUUCAAAUGUGACAAGCUCAAGUCGAGCAAUGAAAAGACUACUGGCGACGAUCUCCCAACCCACAACCAGCAAUAUAAGCAAGAAGAGUAG